AUGGCAGGCGCAGCUUGCGGCACUGGCUCACCGCUGGCACAGAGUGCAGCUGAUAAGGCCGAUGGGGUGGAGGGGGGAGAGGGAGGGGAAGAGGGCGAUGGGGAAAGUGAGGGUGGGCAAGGGGGCGGUAAGUGGGUUGAUGCGUCUGUAGUUUGCAUCAGCGAUUCUCCCGAGGAGCAGGCAGAGGAGGAGCAGCCGGAGGAGGAGGGUGGGGAGCAGGAGGAGCAGGAGGAAGAGGAGGAUGGGAAGGAGGGGGGGAAGGAGGAGGAGCAGGAGGAGGGGAAGGAAGGGAAGGAGGCGGCAGAAGGACCUAGAGGAGCAAGGAUUGAGAGGAAAGUGGAGCACGAGGAGGAGGAUGGGAAGGGCAGCAGGGAGGGAAGGCGGAAACGAGGACGGAUUGAGGUUCCGAGGGGGGUGGGGCGGGCUGGAGGACGAGCAAGGAGGCUGAGAGGGGGGCCGGGUAGAGUGCAGGAAGGCGAUGAGGAUGUGGGAGAUGGUGGGGUGGAGAUGAGUGCGAGGGUGGGUGGUGGGGGUGGUAGGGAGGAGGAAGAUGAGGAUUGUGGUGUUGUAGGCUGCAAGGGGUCGAGGGACGAUAGAGCGAGGGAGCAUGGAGCGAGGGAGGGGAUAGGUGCGAAGAACUUUGGUGGAGGAGAGGGGGAUGAGAUGGAAGUGGAGGAAGUUGAAGAGGAUGUGACUGUUGAGGUGCGAACAGGUGGAGGUAAGGAAACUGAGAUGGAAUUGGAGGAAGAGGAACAUGAGGUGGAGAGAGCAAAGGGAAACAAGGAGGUUUGGAAGGGGGGGAACAGGGAAGGGGAGGGUGUGGGGGAGAUAGUGAAGGGGGUGGGUGCAGCAGAGAAGAAGCGAGCGCCAUCUUGCCUGGGAGGGCAACCUGGGGCAGAAGCUGGUUGCAUGGGCGCAGGAGAGAGGGGAAGCGAUGUGGAUGUGGGGGAUGGGGGGAGUGGAGCAAGUGUGGGGGAGGAAUCGGAAGAAGAGGAAGGUGAAGUGAGAGAGGGUGAGGAAGAUGAGGUUGAAGAAGUGGGGCUGGAGGAGGAGGAGAGAGCGGAAAGUGGGCAAGAGGAGGUAGAAGUGGAGGAAGUUGAGGAGACGGGAGGACGGGAUGAGUGUACGGAAGAGGAGGACGAGGAGGAGAAGGGAGAGAAGGGAGAGGAGGUAGAGGAGGUAGAGGAGGAUGACGAGGGAGAAGUGGGCGAGGAGGGAGAGGAGGGAGAGAAAAGGGAGGAGGAAGAGGAGGGGGAGGAGGGGGAGAAGGAAGAUAAGAGUGGGAAGGAACUCAAGGUAGGAGGGAGAGGAGGGGGGCUGGGUGGUGGCAAGAAGAGCAAGUGUGUGGCUCAGAGUGGGGCUGGCGAUGGACAUGCGAAGCACAGGGCAGAAAAGGAGGCGAAGAGAAGUGGAAAUGUGGUGGAGGUGGCAAGCACACAUGCGAUCAUUAUCAGCAGUAGCAGCGACGACAGUGAUGGGCGCGAGGGGUGCGGGGAGCGUGAGGGGAGUGGGGAGCGUGAGGGGAGUGGGGAGCGUGAGGGGAGUGGGGAGCGUGAGGGGAGUGGGGAGCGUGAGGGGAGUGGGGAGCGUGAGGGGAGUGGGGAGCGUGAGGGGAGUGGGGAGCGUGAGGGGAGUGGGGAGCGUGAGGGGAGUGGGGAGCGUGAGGGGAGUGGGGAGCGUGAGGGGAGUGGGGAGCGUGAGGGGAGUGGGGAGCGUGAGGGGAGUGGGGAGCGUGAGGGGAGUGGGGAGCGUGAGGGGAGUGGGGAGCGUGAGGGGAGUGGGGAGCGUGAGGGGAGUGGGGAGCGUGAGGGGAGUGGGGAGCGUGAGGGGUGUGGGGAGCGUGAGGGGUGUGGGGAGCGUGAGGGGAGUGGGGAGCGAGUGAAGAGCCACGAGAGCAGAGGCGAGCACGGCAGCAGCAGCAGCUCUGACUCCGAAUCUUUGAGGAGAGUGGGGGACAACAGGAGGUGUAGGGUGGUGGAAGGGGGAGAGGCAGAGGUUAUGAGCGGCAGGGAGGAAGGGAGGUGUGUGACAAGUCCAAAGGAGAGUCACAUGUACCUACUGAUCACCCCUCUCACUCCCCUCACCCCUUGCACCCUCCUCACCCCUCUCACUCUGCGCAACCUUCGCAUCGCCCUCACCCCCCUGCGGCUACAUCGGAGCCGCGGCGGUCGUCACGGAGCGGACGGCAUCAGACGACCACCACGCUGCAGCGCAGCGGCGUCUCCUUCCCCCUCGCCAGUCACCCCGUCUCUCGCCGCCACCAUGGCGCACGGCGGCCGCCCGCGUUCCGCCCUUCAAGCUGGCCUCGCCGCGGUCGUCGCGGGCCUCGUGUCGCUCGCGCUCGUCGCAGAGAGCUCGUCGCCGUACGACACGUCUGUCAGGUUCCAGGGAAAAGCUGCGACUGAUUCCAGUCGCUUUAUCUUGUACGACAAUCCGUGCAAGAAUGUCGUGUGGCCGUACGCCACCGGGACCCCAAUCGACGCGAGCAUCCAGUGGGGCAAUGUGUACGCGCCGCAGCUUUAUCGCAAGUGCAUCAGCAUCGCGUUCCACCCAACCACGGACUGCAAGGGGGAUCCCUACGUGACGUACCAGCGCCCUCUGCCCAUCACCACCAGCUCCUUCACCAACUGGACGCUCGCGACAGCCAAGGACUUGCCGGCAUCAAUGAAAUGCUGGACGGGCUGUGAGCCAUGUGGGACAGCCAUGUGCGCCGUGGUGGACGGCAAGUACCAGUGUGUGUGCCCCGCCUCUCAAGUCUUCGACGCCACUGCCAAGCUGUGCCGCGUGAGCGUUGCCUCUCAUGCGCUCUCAUCCGAGCAGCCAAGCUUGUUUCGCCAGCGCCGUGCUUCUCCCUGCCCUGUUGUCUGCAGCUCCCCCAUCCUCUUGAGUGACCAUGGUGGUUCUGUUCCUUGUGCCGCUGCAAUGAGUGCGGACGGCUCACGCGGUCACCUGCAGCGCAGCCUCGCUUCCCCGCGCCCCGUCUCUCGUCGCGCCAUGGCGCGCGCCGGCCAGCGUUCCGCCGCCCUUCAAGUUGGCGUCGCCGCGGUCCUCGCUGGCCUCGUGUCUCUCGCUGCGCUCAUCCCAGAAGCUAGCGCCGCCGUCUACGACACGUUUGUGAAAUUCCAGGGAACGGGCAGUGCUUCCGGUCGCUUUAUUUUCAACGACAGUCCGUGCACUAAUGUGGUGUGGCUGUACUCAACUGCGCCGCCCAUCAACGCGAGCAUCCAGUGGGGCAUUCAGGACGUGGCGCAGCUGAACCUCAAGUGCAGCAGCAUCGCCUUCCACCCCAACACGGACUGCAAGAGGGAUCCCUACGUGACGUACCAGCGCCCUCUGCCCAUCACCAGCAGCUCCUUCACCAACUGGUGA